UUAACAGGAAGAUACAUCACAUAUUACGGAUAAUGCGUGUGGUGGUGAUGAUGGUGGUGAUGAUGAUGGUGGUGGUGAUGAUGGUGGUGAACACUGUCAGCAGCAGCAACAUUAAACUGGUCGACAACGGAUAUGAGAAUGUUGUGGUGGCCAUUUCUCCCUCCCUGGACGAAAGUUUAGCCCACGACAUCGUCUCCUCCAUCAAGGAGACGCUGACGGAAGCCUCAGAGGUGCUGUUCAGAGCCACCAGGAACAGGACCUACUUCAGAGACAUCAAAAUCCUUCUGCCAAAAUCUUGGACCGAAACUGAAUAUGAUGAAUUGGCAACCAACGAGAAUUUUGAGGCUAGUGUUUUAGUGUAUGUGAAGAGAGGAUUAGGAGAUUAGUGAGGGGGGGUAAUG